CCAACGGUAAAAGUGCUCCUGAGCUGUACUGGAAUUCUUUUGGGAUUUACGGACAUAAGAAAGCUUGCAAGUACACUGAAAAUUAAGUGCAAAUGACGUGUAUUAGUUUGAUACGUCAGUCGAGGUAUACAUUAGUUGUACUUUAAAUUUAGCCUGUCAGUGUCAGACAGCCUGCGAGUGCUAGGUUGAUAGCGAUGGUUAAUGUUUAGUUAUUGCGAAAUUCUCGGACACAACCCGCGGUGAGGAAUACAGUUGAUCGAUAGUCAACAGGACGUUGUUAAUCAGGCGAAGGGACAGUCUAUGCGUUUUUGCCGCAAUGGCUAAAGUACUCCGGGCUCAUGGUAUUGCACUGUGUUGCGAUACGCUGCUUUGGAUUGCAGUAUGGGCGGUUCCUCUGUUGAGUGCGAGUUCGGGUAGUGUUAGCUUAGUCUGGCUGUGGACUUUCCGUUUCUUUAGCUGGGUAGCGCUCCACCUGAUUUCCUUAAUGACUGUAGACAGGACGGUACAGCCUGUGCUGAAGCGCUGGAUAGCAGUGCAAUGCCUAAUAUUUCCGGUAUUUGAGAGUGUAAAGCUACUGAUGUCAGGAACCUUUGGAAGUGCCAGUUCAGUGCCUGGUCCAGAAAUGGUGGUCCUGGGCACAGUCUCCAGUUCUGUGGCCUGUGUGCUGUGGGAAUGGGCCCUCCUGAAGACAGGAUGGGCCAGUGGGGAUAAAAGCAAAGAACAGAAGAAACAGGAGGCCAGAGCCCUCUUAAUGAGGGUUGUAUGCUACUCAAGAGAAGAUUACUUUCAUCUGGGAGCUGCCUUCCUCUUCCUCAUCCUUGCUGCAUUAUGUGAAACAUUUAUUCCUUAUUGUGUGGGAAGAGUCACUGACGUCCUCACUGCCGAGUAUCAGCACAGCAGCUUCACAUGGGCAAUUGGAUUAAUGAUGCUGGUCUCCCUUGGAAGCUCUUUGUUCUCUGGGCUGCGAGGAGGCAUGUUCAUGUGCAGCCUGUGCAGACUCAAUAAGAGGAUACGACACAAACUUUUCCAAAACCUUCUGCAGCAGGAGAUUAAUUUCUUUGAGGAGAACAAACCAGGCAGCCUUACAUCCCGCCUGGUGUCAGACACAGAUAAAAUGGGCCGCUCAGUGGCUAUGAACGUGAACGUGCUCAUACGCAGUCUAGUGAAAACACUGGGCAUGCUGACUCUCAUGCUCCGCCUGUCCUGGCACCUGACGACACUCACCUGUGUGGAGAUGCCCAUCCUUGCUCUGCUUCAGAACACUUACAACACAUACAGCCAGAGGCUGUCGGCAAAGCUGCAGGACUGCAUUGCACAAUGUGAGCAGCUGGCAGCCUCCACCAUCAAAUCCAUGCGGACGGUGCGCAGCAGCAAUGCUACAGGUCAGGAGCAGAGAAGGUAUGAGGAAGCACUGGCCAAGAAGCUGGAGGUCCAGACACAAAAGGGCAUUUACAGUGCUGUGCAUCUCCUCCUGAGAAGGUUUGUUAACGUGGGCUUGAGGAUUUUAAUGCUGACAAAAGGCCGUGAGCUCAUUUCCACUGGUGAGCUGAGCAUAGGUAGCCUCUUGGCCUUUGUGCUCUACCAGAAAGACAUGGUCUCCAACAUGAGGCAACUGCUGUAUAUCUAUGGAGACAUGCUGAGCACAGUGAGCUCAGCGGUCAAAGUGUUCCAGUUCCUGGACAGAAGGCCAAGACUGAGAGAGGCAGGAGAGAUGGCCCCAGAGAGACUGGAGGGGAAACUCACCUUUGACAGAGUGUCGUUCGCAUACCCCUCCUGCCCUGAGAAAAAAGCGCUGAAGUCGGUGUGUUUGGAGCUAAAGCCAGGGAAAAUGACGGCUCUGGUUGGGCCGUCAGGUGGUGGGAAGAGCUCUGUCGUCAGUCUCCUGGAGAGAUUUUACGAGCCACAGGAGGGAGAGGUGCUGCUGGACAGGGAGCCUUUGUACCGCUACCAAAACCAGUACAUACGCAGCAAAAUGGCACUGGUAUCCCAGGAUCCAGUGUUGUUCUCUGGCUCUGUGCGACACAACAUUGAGUACGGUCUGCAGGACUGCACCAUGGAGAAGGUGGAGCAAGCUGCACGAAGAGCAAACGCCCAUGAGUUCAUAUGUCAGCUACCAAACGGCUAUGACACCGAUGUCGGUGAAUGUGGAGGUCAGCUGUCGGCAGGACAGAAACAAUGCAUCACUAUAGCAAGAGCCAUUGUCCGGAAUCCACAGAUCCUCAUCCUGGAUGAAGCCACCAGCUGUAUGGACGUUAACACACAGCUCGCAAUACAGGGCGUUCUCUCUGGGUCUGCCGGUCAAACCGUCCUGGUUGUGGCUCAUCGUCUGCAGACUGUGGAGAAGGCAGAUCACAUCAUCUAUAUGGAAGACGGAGUUGUGAUGGAGCAGGGAACACACCAGCAGCUCAUGGACAGAGCAGGGCGCUAUUACAGGCUACGAGAAAAACUGUUUACUGACCAGCAAGACCAAUACAUCUGAACACUGUGUUUGCCAAUGCAAUCCCGACGGAGUCGUCACAGGAGAACAAGGACGACAGUACGUCAUAUGGAGUACAAUAUCUAUAACAGACUGUCAUUUGGAAUAUAUGCUCUAUGAAGAGUGAUGAUUAACUAACUUGAUUGUACUAUUCUCAUUGUAUGUAAAGUUUGCCAGUGUUUUGUUUAAUGCUGUUCAUAGAGAGACAGGUGUUGCACACAGGUGAGGUAUCCUGCCCAGCUAUCUCUCUCCUGAAACAUGGAUUCACUUUAUUGUCUUUAUUGAGUUUGGGUGCACAUAGAAGGUGAAAAUUGUCUAAGUUUGGGUACAUAUACAAAAGGAAAAUUCCGAACCUAAACGACUAUGUCCUUCACUCUUUAUU